AUGACUAAUAAUAUACCUCUUGUUUCGCGGGAAAGCAGCAGCAAUCAGGGUUUUGGAAAUGAGGAUCGAAGCCCAACGGACGAGGUUACCUCGCCGCCUGCCGUCUGUCCUGAAUCUGAAUCUAAGCGUUCCCAGCCAAUCUUCAAGGAUCUUACCAAGAGCUGGGCAUGGGAGUGUGUUGCUGUCAUGUUCGGUGUGCUAUGCAUGGCAGCAAUCGCCAUCAUAGCGUUGAAAAUUGACGGCAUCCGGCUUUCACAGUGGCAUCUUGCCCUUCAGCCUGGCACCGUUAUAUCUGUCCUCGCAACGGCCUGCCAAUCCUCGCUAAUAUUCAGCGUGGCCGAGAUCAUAGGCUUCUCGAAAUGGUUCUAUUUCAAGACGAGGUCCCGUUGUUUGAAGGAACUCGACGUCUUUAAUUUAAUAGCCUAUGCAGGCGCUUCGAUUACCAUUGUGGCUCUUGCGCUGGGUCCAUUUUCUCAACAGAUCAUAAGUUUACGAGACUCUCAAGUGCUAUUUGCGCACGCCAACUCCGCUGUCUUCGUCACAAACACAUGGGAUUCGGGAUACCCCGAACAAAUAAUGAUGGCACUGAUUAUUUAUGACAACAUUUCAGGUGACGGUGCGCUGCAAGGUGCAUUCUAUCGAGGCAUCUAUGCAAGCACCAAUUUCACGAGUGCUAUCGACGUUACAUGCCAGACGGGAAACUGUACCUGGCCAGUGUUCGCCAUCUUGGGUGCUUGUAGCACCUGCCAGGACGUAACAGCGGAUAGCAUCCUCGUCGACAGUGGGUAUUCUGUUGAGAUUCCCGGAGCACUGGGACAAAACCUCGGCGGUCCGGGGCCCUUUCUCUCUGGGGGUCACUGGAAAGCUUUUCAUUGCUCCUUCGACUUCUGUAUUAAGCGCUUUAGCAAUUUUACAGUGUGCAACGGAAUCAUCCAGCCAUACGAAACACAAUCCAUGGCAUUACAAUUCGCACAGACCGCCCCUCUGGAUACAGACAGUGUAUAUUCUGACUCAGAACUAUGGCAAUACAUCCCCGCAGAGACAGAUGUCGAUUGGCUCAACGGCACUCGACCUAUCCCACCAUUUCAUGAUAGCACUUUCAGUAUCAUGCCUUCGGAUGUUUACUCUUUUGGGGAUCUUUUCAACCAACCCUUGCAGUCUGAUGUACUCGCCGGGAGCCGUUUGGCAGCAGGUCUCCGUAGUCGAAAUCAGGACUGGAGCCAUGAUGAGUGGGAAGCACUGUAUGCCGGGGAAUACGAAACCAUCAAACAAAUGAACGCCGUGGCGGCUACGAUGGACGUGAGUCUGUGCAAGGCGGUAGGAAGCGGAACAGCUCUCGCCCGACACAACUUAGGAGCAGAAAAAAGGCAAGCCGAUAGGCGUACAUACAGGCAGGAACAUGAGCGUGGCACGCCGCCCAACCUAACCCUCCCAUCGGACGAGCAACGGGAUUCACUGGCGAUAAUCUCGACACUGGGCCCCGAAAUCCGAAUCGAGGCCACUCAAGCAUCGGAGAAAAUCGAUGAUGUGCGGCCCUUGCUCAGUAGGGGCAGCUUCGACGACCAGAACGAACAUAGAGGGCUGGGCCUUGAGCUUUCUCGUUUCAAGGUCAGCAUUGCGAGAAAACUCGCACUCACAUCUGAGCAGCAGGUAGACGGCAAGGCUUAG